GGCGACCUCCGGCGCCAGCAUUUCGCGUCCGUCUGCGCCCCGGGCAGGGUCGCGAUCCGCCGCGCGCGCCGUCCCGUCACGUGACUGGAGUUGCUGUUGUCGCUCAGGUGAUGUGACCACGCGGCGAUGGAGGCCGACGACAACAACCACCUGGCCGACCAGUACGUCCAGGAGUUCGUGCUCGACCACCUGGAGGACUCGAUGAAGAGGGAGCACAGCCCCGAGGCGGAGAUGGUGCUGGGCGGCUCCCCGCCGCCGCAGCGGCUGCCGUCGCUCAUGCUGACUCCCAGCGGCGGCCACAUCCUGGCGCACCACACGCACCACACGCACCACCUGCUGACGCCGCCGGGCGAGGAGCCCGCCGCGCACCACUACCAGAUGCACCCGGGGGUGCUGAUGAAGACCCCGGCGGCGGGCGGGCUGGCGCAGCACCCCGGCACGCCGCCCGACACGCCGCCCGUCAGCAACUCGCCGCACCUGCCCACCAGCCCCUACCCGGACCACCAGCACCCGCACAUCGCGUCCGUGAAGGCGGCUCCCGGCGUGUCGGACUACAACAUGGCCUGGCUGACCAACCAGCUGCGCUACGGGCCGCAGGGCGGGCAGGAGCCGCUGGACCUGAGGCCGCACUGCGGCGCCGAGCCGGGCGACGUGUGGGCCGACCACCCCACUGUCAUCGCCGGCGGCGGGGGCUGCCGCAAGCUGCUGCCGGCGGCCGACUACCUGCACGACGAGCCCCUGGGCAGCAGCCCCCGCGGCACGCCGCUCAGCUGCGGCAGCAGCUCCGUCAUGUCGCCCCUGAGCCACCACCAGCAGCACCCGGCGCACUACACCGUCGAGGACAUCCUCAACGACGACGCGCUCAUGUCGCUGUCCGUGCGCGAGCUCAACAAGAAGCUGCACGGCUUCCCGCGCGAGGAGGUGGUGCGGCUCAAGCAGAAGCGGCGCACCCUGAAGAACCGCGGCUACGCGCAGAACUGCCGCUCCAAGAGGCUGCAGCAGCGCCACGAGCUGGAGAUGACGAACCGCAGCCUCCAGGCGGAGCUGCACCGCGUCAAGAUGGAGCUGGCGCGCGUGGUGCAGGAGCUGGACCACUACAAGCAGCAGCACCAGCCGCCGCCGCCGCCGCAGCGCCGCCUCGCCGCCGCCCCCGCCUCCGGCUCGCCGGACUUCUACCUGUGACGCCAGAGGGGCCGCCCUCAAGCCUGGGCGCCCCCGCCCCCCUCCCGCUAGGACUCGUGUGUCGCCAGGACAGUCCACUUCCCUCCGAGUCCAUACACUGAGCUGUGUUCCAACCAACAUGGCUGCGUGGUCUUAAGGCUUCACGGAAGCUAUCACGUUCAAAUGCCGCUGUUCCAAUUCACCACGCACUCCUGUAUGGUGCCCUUCCAGCCAAGGGCGAAAGGAUAGCCCCUUCUCGAUCCAUAGAUAUAUUGUUGACGAACAAAAGCGUUGCAACACAGGUUCAUUGCGACGAAUGAGAACACAGCUCUUAGUAUAUUCUGGCCUCAGAAACAUUUGCAGUCAAUUGUCUGAUUUAAUAAAAUUUUUUUAUAAUGUGUCGAUCCACGUAGGCUAUACCUAUUAUUAAAAUUAACCACAUGUGUUUUAACUGGAACAUAAAAAACAGGGUUUAUUUAGCAAACAAAAUUUUGUGUUGAGUUUAUUAUGUUCAGUUAAAUUUGCAUUCAGUGUUUGUGGUCUUUUUAAAACAAUCAGUGAAAUCAUCAGUACAUAAUUUAAGUAUUAAUUUACACUUUAAAGUUAAGUUGUGAAAACAUAUACAUUUAAAAGCUACAAUUAUCGGUUAUAAAGCGCAUGACAGCUAAAUAAAAUUUUAGAGUAUAGGUAAGAAAUUAUUUUCACAUACACAUUUUCGUCCAUGGUGUUUGCGAAUUUAACUAACUUUGCUACUUAAGAGGCUAUUGGGGAGGUGUCACUUUAAUGUAAAAAAAAAAAUACUUUUCUACUGUGCGAGAACUUUCAAACGCGCGUGUGAAAAGCUUUGUGCCAACUUUUGACUAAUUAUCAUAGAGGUUGCUGCUCUUUUGUGGAGAAACACACUUUACUGACUUCAUAUCACUAGGUUAUAUGCUUCAGGAAAUGUUUUCCUCAAGUUCGUGUCAUCAAAUACAAUAGUCGUGGACGUAACUUUACCUGCGAACAAUCGUGCAGUUUACGAGCAGCAUAAAAUUGACACACAAAUAUAUGAAACUAAACUACGACUAUGUCCGCACUUUUAAGGCGUAAAUGUUUUUUUAUAAGAGAUUGCAGUUUUAUUCAGUUAGAUGUUUUACAGGUAAUUCAUCCUGAGUUUUGUUCCUACUUUUUUUUACAAAGGAAACGGAGGCACGCAGUGUUAUGUUUUGGCAAAAUCUUUGUUGCACGAAAGUUUUAAUUUUAGGAAUAAAAUAAGUCAUGUGAAAAUAGCUGUAUCACAUAGGUACAAACACCCAUUAUUGGUUUUUCUGUAGCAAUACCAAUAAUUAUUUGCUUAACUCACAAAUUUAUCUUUAAUUAAAACUCAAUAGACCUGUAAACCUUAUUUUUAUUGAUAAGAUUUUUUACUUUAAAUGAACUGAGAAUUGGAUAAUGCAUACUUGUAAAUAUGUUACGUCAUAAUUUUGAAGGCAUUAGACAUACGCUGUUUGUUUUCUUGUAUUUUCCAUAAUAAUUAUUCGUGUAAAGAAAUGGAGUUCAUGAUUUAGAGAAAAAAAUUAUUUGUAAAAUCUUUUAACACUUGAAUGGAAUAUAAAUGUAGGGGUUUGUAUCUGUCUGAAUAGGUAAUAAUAGCACUACGUUGGGUUUAGAUAUUUAGUUGUCAGUUAUUUGUUUUAUACGUUUUGUCAAGAUUUAUUCCAUCAGCGUAUUCGCAGUGUGCUACAAUGUAAUUUUUUACAUUUUCAUUGUAUGAGACGUGUUAUCAGUUGACAAAGUAUGUAGGCCUUAAACGUAUUAGGGCGAUAUUAUAUUCUUGUAUGACAGUGUUUAUGUUAAACUGGCAGUUAGGGAGAUAAGUAUGUUUUUCUCUUAGCUUAAAAAACUUUCGUGCUGUCUUUUAAUUUUUUAAGUUCUUGGUUCUAAAAACUUUCUGAUGCUGGUACCAAUAUUAGUUCACCCUUUUUCUUAACAGCAGUUAUUAGACGAACUUAUUUUGGUGAUGCACGAAUAUCCUAAUAACAAUUAUAGACGUUCGAUCGCUGUGCAAAUGUACCUGAAGAAAUUUGUGUGUAAAUAAAUACAUGAAAGCAAUGAUGCAUUAAAAUAAACAUUUUAAUGAACUGCAUGCACAAAUUGAAAAAAAAUAUCUUUAACAUGUUAAAAUAAUUAUAUGUAGUACAUUCUUAGAAUUUAUGUAAAUUGUAAUUCAUUUUUGUUACUCCUUAAAUAUAUACGGAAUCAUAAUUCUCAAAUAUAUGGUUUGCAUUUAUUUAUCUCAGCCAAAAAAUACCAAGCGUGAAACAUUUACAAAAACCCAUUAGCAAAAGUAUGGUUUACUAGAAGAGAUUUAUAAAAUUAUAGAAGUUUGAAGGUUUGAUGGUUUAUGAUUUUUCAAUUACCUUGAUUUAAUCGUCUAUCAUGUUUUUGGAUGAAACGCAGACACAUUAACAACGUAAGUUGCAAAAUUAGUUAAACAGUUUUGUUUUAAAAAAACACUGUUUUGUAAUAAUCUUUGAUUAGAAAAUUAUUUACUUUGCGCUUUGCAGCCAGACUCUUUUGGACUGGUUUACGUGUAAUGAAUCGUUGAAUUCAAUGUCUAAACUUAAAACCCCAUAUUUAUUAAUUGAAGAUUUUAUUAUUUUUAGCUACCAAAAGUUUAUUUAAAUAAUGGAAUU